AUGACGGCGACUUAUCAUGUACUUUCCACGCCACAACUCCUUCGCGAAAUCUUCUCCUGGAUUGACAAGGAUGAUGGUUUUAGUUGUGAAGUAGGGAAUGACGCAGAGGACGCUUUUCUUGACAGCAUCGUCUGGGACGGGCUUAGCUCUCUUAGUGAGAUUGACUGGAGUAACUGUCCUAGGUCGUAUUAUUACGACAAGAAGGGUGUCUUGCUCCGAUGUGGCCUUGUCAAUACACUUUGGUGGUGUGAGGCUAUACGGUUUAUCUGGAGGCGCCUGGGUGGUCCUGGCCAUGGGAACACAGAUCUCCUUGGCUGUUUUGCAGGAUUUCGUGAUCCUUGUCGCAAGCAAUUUCACGCAAACUUGGUCACACGAGCCGAUCUGUUUAUUAUUAACGAAGAUAAUGCAGAUAUCUACGACUCUCUAAUUCAAGGAGUUAAUUUUCCAAACCUUCAGCGAUUGUGCUUGUACUGCCCAAAAGGACGCGAUUAUAUUCCACAGCUACAAUGUCCAUCCCUAAAGAUAUUGGAGAUCAAUCCUCAGUACGAAAGUGAAUUCGGCGUACCUGAAUAUGGGUUGAGCCAAGAACAGUGGGAUAAAGUGUUAUGUCGGAUAUCCGCGCUUUUUCCAGCCCUUCGAACCGUCAAAUUCUUAGAUUAUGCGCGGGUUUGGCGGGGGCGCUGGCGCACUUUAAGAAAAACUUGCCGUGCUUGGAAGCUUUUGAUGAAAACUGUGUUGUGGAAAGCACAGAAACUGAAUAAUAGUGAUAUCAAAUAUUGCACCCCUUAA